AUGAUGAGUCAAGAGGUGCUCCAGGUUGUCCAUGAAAAGGACCCCUGGGUCGAAGAAACCACCAUCAGCCUUCGCGAACAUGAUAACUCCUGGCCCAAUAUCGACGAGGAUGUUCCUUCCAUAUUGGACAAAAAGGGCCGAAGGAAGUCUUGGCACGCUAUCAAGUUUGAGAGGAAACGGAGAAAGGGGGUCAUUGAUGGAUCGCCAGACGGUUCCCCAGUCGAAAUUAGACAGAAAAGACCAUCGUGGUGGAAUAUUUUUACAAAUCAGCCGUGGCCUAGGUCCCGAAGGGCAUCACAGGAUGUUGGAAGGGUCACUCAUAAGGAAGGUUUUCCUGGAAUGCGGAGCAAAAGCAGAAGCGUAGACCACGGCAUUACAUCCCCAUUUGAUUUGGACGCCUUACGAGCAAAAGUCGAUAGUCAGUUUGAUAGAAGUCUUGAUAGAGAUCUAGAUGGUUCUACAAAUAGUUUAUCAGAAAAGAGGAAAGCUGGUCCACCUGAAAAUACAACUGUUUACACAGUGGCAGACAGAGACACGCUAACAUCAGUAGCAGCCCGAUUUGAUACCACUCCUUCUGAAUUAACGAAAUUAAAUCGUCUAGCAACUCCGUACAUUUUUCCAGGCCAACAGCUUUACGUGCCCAACAGGGAACAAGCAGAAAAUGAUUCCGAAGGUUCUACUCCUGUAGAAGAUUCUCAUGAUGAUUUGCCACCGGCGGAAAAAGAAUUGUUGGAGAAUUUGCGGCCGGUUAGUCCGAAGCCUGGCCAUGUGGAAAGGGUGCGCACACCAUCAUGUCCUCAAGGAGGCAGUAGCAGCGAAUACGAAGACUCCGAAUCGGCCGUCUUUCGCGAGCGAUUCCUCAAGAUCAACGUACGCCAUAUUACCGAUGGCCAAGGUGUCGUUAGCGGAGUGCUCUUGGUUACUCCCAAUGCUGUCAUGUUCGAUCCUAACGUGAUAGAUCCCUUGGUUAUCGAACACGGACCUGAAGCUUAUGGUGUGAUUGCGCCUAUGGAGUUUGUCGUCAACGCUGCUAUCUACAACGACAUCGCGCACAUGAGGGUUGGACAUUGCGAAUCUAAUUUGUCAGAGAAACAAGAAAUUUAUUAUCCAAAAUCCGAAAAGGAAGAAGAACAAGAUUCUCUGAUGGUUAAAGAUGAAACGUUUCCUGAACUUGUCACAGGCGAUGAUGCUGAGUCUGUGUGUUCCUGUACCGAGAGAGAAGGUGACGCAUUUCCAAAAGCAUUUGAAAGGGAAUUGGUUACGCCUACUAAUUUAGAAGAUCCAGAAAGUCAGCAUAAAUCUUUAGAAGAAAGAAGAAAAUCUCUGCUGGACCACCAUUGGGCGAUACCGUCAAGGGAUAGACAGUCUAUAGAUACAGAUGAAAUGCCAGCCAUAACUCCAACUGGCGCCCCCGAUGAUCACAUUCAAGACGAAGAUGAUAGCCUAAAUAAAGAGAGUUGUCACGAUUCCGGUAUUGAUAUUAGAGAAUCAAGUAUACCACCAAUUGUACAUGUUCCUCCAAAAAAGAAAUAUAGCGAUGCUGAUAUAGUACUUUCCAAAGAUUGGGUACCGCCAAUCACAAUUGCAGCGACCAAUUUGAGUUAUACCAGUGAACCAACAGAUAGCCCAGCGAGAAAGAAGACGAACUCGGUGUCAUUUAGUUUGGAUUCUAGCUCGGAUCUCGACGCUGGCCAACCUCCACUGUCAGUUAGUUACACUGAGUCAAAAGAAGAUGUAGAUAAGGCUGAUAGUAGAAAAAAUAAGAUGUUAAAAAGACUGUCAUAUCCCCUGUCGUGGGUCGAAACUACUCUCGGCGGAGACAAAGAUGAAGAUAAACCUCCUAGUCAACCCCAUUCAGCAGCUGACGUUCAACAUUCUUCAGUUUUCUCAAAAGUAUUUUCAAGGCGUUCAUCGGUAGGAACUUUCAUGAGACAACCGACAGAAAGUAGCUCAAAAUCAAAAACGCCUGCACCAAAACUAGAUUACAGAUCUAUGGUGUCUGUGGAAGAUAUGCCAGAAUUAUUUGUUUCGUUCGAUAAAUUGAUCCCGAGGCCGGCAAGAUCUUGUGACGACCCUCCGUUAUAUUUGCGAUUGAGAAUGGGCAAACCGCUCAACAAAGUUAUACCCAGAUCUACGCCGCUGAUGUCUUACGGAAAGAAGAAAAUGAGACCCGAAUACUGGUUUAGCGUCCCGAAGAAUAGAAUAGAUGAACUUUACAAAUUCAUACAGGGAUGGGUGCCUCAUCUGUAUGGUGAAUUGGAUGAAGAAAAGGUCAAGGAAAGAGGAUUCUCCUUGGUGGAGAUGGACACGGAACUAUGGAGCGAAGAGCCAACGCCAUCUGCUAGUCGCCAUGGAAGCCAAGACGGAGAAAUUACCGAAUUAACCAAAGAAAGUUGGGAGGUAUUGCCGAUGUCAGAAGAACUGCGGCGAGCAUUCUAUUCGUCGUCAGCUGCUCCUUCUUUAGAUAUAGAACUUACCCCACCAGACUUAAUUGGUACCACAGAAAUCCUUAAAGACCACCACAGAGAAAACCUUUGCAGGCAUUUACCGGCCAGGGCGGAAGGCUACGCAUGGACGUUAAUAUUUAGUACCAGCCAACACGGUUUCAGUUUAAAUUCCAUGUAUAGGAAAAUGUUCAAACUCGAGUCACCUAUACUCAUGGUUAUAGAAGACACUGACAAUAAUGUAUUUGGUGCUCUGACCUCAUGUGCCCUUCAGGUAUCUGACCACUUCUACGGCACUGGCGAAUCUCUGCUAUUUUCCUUCACGCCCGAAUUCAAAGUAUUCAAUUGGACGGGAGAAAACUUGUAUUUCAUCAAAGGCAACAACGAAAGUAUCAGCAUUGGCGCCGGCGAUGGUAAAUUUGGACUCUGGCUCGAUGGUGACCUUUAUAUUGGCAGGUCUGAGUCCUGCAAGACGUACGGUAACGAUCCGCUCACGCCUAAAAUUGACUUCGUAGUGAAGACGCUUGAAUGUUGGGCGUUUGUUUCGAGUUAA